AUGAUCAAGGUCGAUAUCGCCUCACCUCGACCCGACCACCCGCGCAAGUGUAGCACGGGCGCGGACCUCGUCUCGAAUCCUCAAGGUGGCUCCGACGACAAGUUUGACGCCGCGGCGUGCUUCGACGAGCUCUUCCACUUCACGAUCUGGACGGACGAGCACAGAAUUCUCCGCAUCACAGAGCACCACGCGCCAAAGCUCGAGGACGACCACGUGUUGACCCUCAUGCGCCAAACGCUACAGCUACAUGUCCUCGACAUCGUUGCUCCAGAGCACGCGAAGAUGCUUCUCCGCCACAUUGAUGAGUGCCAGCGCAAAUGCUACCUCGAGCUCGACAGGACCUUGUCACUGCCCGGGUUUUUACGGCCCUCGAUCGAAGCAGCAGCCGCGCAAUGA